AUGGCAGACUCAGGGACCUGGCCCACUGGCACGGGCCUGCUGACCCAGACCAGCUCUGCCCACUUCCUCCCCACCUGCUCACGUGGUCGUGGGGCUGACCGAGGCCUGGCUCAGACGCAGCAGCCUGAGGGCACCAGGGAGGCCCGGCUGCAGCUGGGGCGGUGCAAGAAAUUCCAGGCCAAGAUGCCACACGGUCAAGGGGGUCUCCGCCUUGGCACUCCCCCUGAGCUCCGCACCGACGGAGACGAGAGGCUGGGCGAGCUCUUCUCCAGCGCCACUGGCGGCUCUCCCCCUCGCCGCAUUGCGUGGGUCACAGGGGCUGGGGUUGGGGGUGACCCCGAGCCGCCAGGUCCGGGUGAUGGGCCCCCCGAAGCCGCCCAAACCAUCCCAACACCAGAGCCCCACAAGCCUCGCCCUGUGAGCCUCUCCUUGCGGCAGCCUCAUCAGCCAGUCACGGCCGUCACACGAGUCUCCGAGAAGUUCUCUGGGGAGACCUCAGCCACAGCUCUCUCGCCCACGUCUGCUGCCAUCCUGGGGGGCCUCAGCUCAAGCCCCAGCGCGGCCACCACAUCCUGGACUCCCAGUCCCAGUGCCCAGCCGCUGCCUCAUUUCACAUUCAGUGGGGUGGAGGCCCGGGGCCUGUGCGAGCUAGUGAUGGCCAGAUCUGUGCUCUUGACUCAGUGGUCUCUCCUCAGCCCACCUCGGGUGACGCCACCCCAGUCGUCCCCCUCCCCGCAGCCGCCAGCCACGACUCAGGCCCAUCGGCAGGGGGAGCGUCGCCGGGAGCUGGUGCAGUCACAGACGCUGCCCCGCACCUCGGGGGCACAGGCCCGGAAGGAUCGCCAGUGUGGGAAGUACACAGGGGGCCUGGAGGCUGGAAGGGGGCUGGUCCUGCCGGACCCCAUCACUGGACGCAGUGCAGCUGGGACACGGGGCACACGCCUGGACGUGGGCGUGGGGCUGGGAGGUUGCCUGCCGACAGAGCAUCUCCCUGGGGGGAAGGGCGAGACCCGGGCAAAGCUGAAGCGCUCACAGAGCUUCGGAGUGGCCAGCGCCAGCAGCAUCAAGCAGAUUCUGCUCGAGUGGUGUCGCAGCAAGACCAUCGGCUACCAGGGGAGUUUAAUUCUUUCACACAGGAGUCCGCUGAGACUACUUCUGUACACGGAUGUGGAGUCAAAUGGAGAGCUGCCUGCAGGGCCAUACGAAGAUGUUGCUGUUCCACGUCAAGUUCUGCAGGAGGCCCCCUAUCAGCCUCCAGAGAGCCCUGAGGAGGUGGAACCUUCUCCAGUCCAGGAGGAAGCUGCGUCUCAGCCUCCAGAGAGCCCCGAGGAGGUGCAACCUUCACUUGAGCAGGAGGCCCAGGCUCAGCCUGCAGAGCAUCCUGAGGAGGCGGAACCUCCUCCAUUCCCUCAGGAGGCCCAGGCUCAGCCUGCAGAGCGCCCUGAGUAUGACUCUGCCCCACUCCAGCAAGAGGCCCCAGCGCAAGUUCCGGGGUCCCCUGGUGAGAAUGUACCUCAGUUUCCAGCGAGUGAAGAGGCAGCAGCUCGACCUGGAAGUAACUAUCCAGCUCACUCCAAGCUGUCCAGUGUUACACUUAAACCUGUGGAUUUGGAACUUAUGGUCACUCCAGAGCCUGCUAAGGAAGGCGAGUUUACCGCAGCCCAGCAGGAGCCCCGGCCUCAGCCUCCUGAAUAUUCUGUGGAGGCAGAACCUUCUCCAACCCCGCAGGAUGCCACAGGUCAGCCUCCAGAGCCUCCUGAGGAAGCUGAGCCUUCUCCAGGUGAACAGGGACGACCGGCUCAGCCUUAUGAGCCUAAUGGGGAAGUUGUACCCUUCUCAACCCAGCAGGAGAGCCCAGCUCAGCCCACAGAGCAUCCUGAGGUGGUGAACCCAGCCACCCAGCAGGAGAGCCCAGCUCAGUCUCCAGCAGAGAUAGAGCCUUCCGCAACCCAGCAGGAAAGCACAGCUCAGCGUCCACAGUCUCCCGCUGAGGCCGAACCCUCUCCAGCUCAUUCUCAAGAUCAUGUGACAACAGCUUCUCCUCCAGGCCAGGAUCAAGCUCAGUCUCUGCAGUGGCCCAGUGUCACUGUUAAACCUGUGGACCUUGCACUCACCAUAACUUCAGGGCCCACAAGUGAAGCUGGACCUUCUCCGCCCCAACAGGAGGCCUCAUCUCAGUCUGCAGGGUCCCCUGAGCAGUUGGAACCGUUACUGGUCGAGCAGGAGGUUCCGGAACAGCCUCCAGCCCCCUCAGGAAAUGGUGAACCUUCUCCAGUCCAGCUUGAGCCCCCAACUCAGCCUCCAGAGACCUCUACAGCUGCCACAGCUCAACAUCCAGUACAUAAUGAGGUGACGUUCUCACCUGCAGGGCCAGGUGAAGCUCAGCAUCCAGUGAUGCCUAGUACCAUAGGCAAACCCCUGGAUCUCACAGUUGUCAUCACUCCAGAGCCUGCUAAGGAGGCUGAAAGUUCCCCAGAGCAGCAGGAGGGCUCUGCUCAUUUUCCCGUUUCCCCCGAGCAGGCUGAAAUUUCUCCAGUCCAGUCUAAGCCUCUUUCUCCGUCUCCGGAGCACCCUGGGAAGGUUGAAUCUCCCAGGACAACAAGAGGCCACAGCUCAGACUACAGGUCCCCCUGAGGGGGUGGGGCUUUCUUCGGUCCAGGAGGAAGCCCCGUCUCAACCUCCAGAGCCACCUAAGGAGGUUGAGAUGACAGUUGGAAGACCAGGACAGAAUCACGCUCAGCAUUCCAGCUCGCCCAGUGUCACUCAUAAAGCUUUGGACCUGGGGCUGACCGAGGCCUGGCUCAGACGCAGCAGCCUGAGGGCACCAGGGAGGCCCGGCUGCAGCAGGGGCGGUGGGGUCUGUCCUCUCCCACCCUCAUCUCAGCAUCAGGAAAAUCUGUUCACUGUAGACUGGAGGGACUAGGGGCUGGAGACGGGGGAGAGCCAUGAAAACAGCUCCUUCCUUAAAAGAAAGGGUGGACAAAUCACUCCAUCGUUACUCUUCGUGUCUAGGGAGACAGAGAGAUGGAAAGAGAGACCAGGGUAAGGACUGAGACAAGAAUGAAAAAUACAGAGAAGCACAGAAGUACAGAGAGUCUAGACAGAAAGGUGCCAAGACAGAAAUAGAUACAGACACUGGGAGACAGAGAAACACACACCUGGAGGGUGUCUGGAUGGAAGGUGCUGGGAGACGGGGUGGGGCUGAGUCAGAACUGAUGUGGGGGGAUGGUCGUGCAGGAAGCCGAGCCGCUGAGGCCCUGAGGGUUUGGGGUCCUUGGGGAGUCUGGGACAGAAGGGCCUAGAGCCACGGGUUCCCCACCUACCAGUAUGGCCUAUCCAAGGACGGGGCUGGGGCUGAAGUAGGUGUGCGGAAGUGUAUCCAGUCCCCUCCCAAGGCUGCUGGCCUGGGGUCCCUGGAGCUGGGGACAGGUGCCUGCCUUUCCGCGUCCUCCUCCCGAAC